AUGCUCGAAGUCUCCCCUGCGCCGGCGAAGACGCAAUGGCAGCCAGAUCGCUCCGGUGUCAGAAACGACGAUCUCGGCGGUUCAACAAGCAUUGAGGUGAUUUUGGCGGGCCGGGUACCAAAGCGGCCUUUCGAGCCUCACAAAGCUAUUCAUGCAUCGCCAGCAGCGUCUCAGCGGGGUGUCCAAGGCAAUGACAGACAGGUCGUCCUCGAUGUGACGCUUGUCCUCGAUGUGACGCUUGCGUGCGCCAAGUGGCCCCGUCCGAUCCGGCAUCGAGCCACUGGCAACGGCAUCGAAACCUACGCGAAGUGGGUCCCGCCAUCGGCCGCCAGCGGCCGCCUGAGCGUCCCAUCUUCCGGCUCCCGUGACUGUCAUCUACUGAUGUCGGAUCCGAAGGGCUUUGCGGUGUUGGCGAAAAGAUCCUGA